AUGUCAUUAUUACCACAGUCAUAUCAAUUAAUUCAUGUAUUUACAUCACCUCUACAACAGUGUGAGUUUAAAACAUGUGUUGUACAUACUUCACACACUCAUCAAAUUAUUGCAUGUAUUAGAGAAGAAACAACUAACAAUAAUACAAAAACAUUUUUAUUAAUUUCAGUUCAUUCAAAUAAAGCAAAUUUUAACCAAAAUAUUCAAUUAGAUACUGUACAUAUACCAACAAGGUCAUAUUGUGCAAUUGAUCAAAAUGGACAAGAUGUAAUUGUUUUAUUUGAAGAUUAUUAUUAUUUUUCAUACACUAUAAUGAGAAAUAAUUUUUAUGAACCAAAAUUAAGAAAUGUUAUUUUACCAAAAUCAAAUAAAAUUGGUGGUGUUAAUUGUUUUACUGUAUUUUCACAUUGUGGAUUACCAGUUGGGGUUUUUGGUACAAGAAAUGGAAUAGUUGGAUUUUUUAAUGUUAAUAGUGGAAUGUUAAUUCAAACAAUUAGUAUAAGUAAAAAGCCAAUUGAAGAAAUUCAAUUAAGUCAAUCAAUACUUUUAAUUCAAACAGGAAAGAUGAUAUAUAUAAUUAAAAUUAAAGAUAAUGAUGAAUUAAUAAUAGAAAAUCCAAUAAAAUUUUGUACAAGUGAUAUCUUUUAUGUAAAUAAAGGACAAAUUGGAGUUAAUAUUAAUAAUAAAUUACAAAUAUGGAAUAUUGGAAUUAAAGGACCAAUACUACUUAAAGAAAUUGAUUAUUCAAAUAGAGUAUAUACAAAAACAAAUAUUACAGCAUGUUCUAUUGGAGAUUUAAUUUUUAUUUCAGACACAAAAUGUAUUAGUAUAAUAUACGAUUCUACAGUUAUUUAUUGUGAAAAAUUAAUGGAAAAACCAAAAGGAAUUAUUCCAUUUCAAUUACCAACAAUGGAAGAUAUUAAAUUAUUUGAAGGAAUUGUAAUAUGGAAUGAAAAUCAAAUUAUAUUAUGUAAACCAACAAAGUCUAUUGAACAAAUUAUUAUUAAUCAAUUAAAAAUUGAAGAAGAUAUUGAAAAACAAAAUAAAAUAUAUUCAAUUUUAAGAGGAUAUGAAAGUUCUAAAGAAACAAUCAUUGCAAUAGCAAAAAUUCUUGUAAAAGAAUAUCCAAUAAAAUCACAUAAAUUAUUAGAAACAUUUAAUAUAUUUAAUUAUUCUAUUUAUCAAUAUAUUUUUAUUCAUCAUAAACUUUCAAUUCAAGAAUAUGAUUUAAUAUUACAAUCUAUUGAAAAACAUUCUGAAGAAAGUAUUGAAAUUGCAGAUUUAAUUGUAUCAAUUUAUAUUAUUAAAGAUUAUUAUUAUGGAAUUACUGCUGAUUCAUCAUUUAUUAAAUAUUUAAAUCAAAAAGUAUUAUAUAAUAGAACAAAAGCAAUGACUAAAUUAGUUGAACAUCCUAAAUUAUUUUGGAGAUAUAUUUUAGAAUUAUUAUUAUUGUGUGAAUUAAAAGUUGUUAAAGUUUAUUGUAAAACAAUAAGAAGUUUAUCAAUGAAUAUUGUAGAACCACAACUAUUUAUUUCAUCUUUAAUUAAAAAUGUUCCUAAAUCAAUUUUUGAAAUUUUAAAUACCUCUCCUUUAUAUGAUAGUUUAACUAUUCCUCAAAAAUUUGAUAUGUUAUGUAAAGCAAUUAAAUUAUCUCCUAAUCUUUCUCAUAUUAUUCAAUUAGAAUCUUUAUUAUUUCAACUUAAACCUCAACAAUUAGAUUGUUUAACUCAACUUAUUAAACCAAAAACAUUAACUUUUAGUUGUAUUUGUAUGAUUAAUGAUUAUGCUAAAUAUGAUUUAUAUGAUUUAUAUGUUAAAGCAGUUUUAUUACAACAAUUACCAUUAAUAUCUGGUGAUGUUGAUAAAAUUAUUGAUUUAAUACAAAGUUUUGAUAAUCUUUUAUUUGACUUCUCUAGAACUUAUCAAUUUUUAGAAUUAAAUAGUUUUAUAUUAGAAUCUGCUAUUUUACUUUAUCUUUAUGGACAAUAUGAAACUGCAUUAGAAUAUCUUUUUAAUAAAUUAGAAACUUUAUCAAAUAAAGAAGAUAUUGAAAUAUUUAUUCUAAAAUAUAUUAUUGGAAAAAUAACUGAAAAUGAGUUACUUUCAAUUAUUAAUAAUAAUAAUUAUAUUAGUUCUGUAUUAUUAAAUUUAUUAUUAAAUAAAAAUAAAUUCAUUUGUUAUUUUACUCCAACGGUUAUUACUCAAUUAGAACUUAAUUAUAUUAAAAUUACUUCUUCUUCUAAAUUACUUAAUAAACAAAAAUGUUUAGAAAGAAUUAUUCUUUCAGUUGAUGGAACAGCUCAAAGAUUAAUAACAACGGCUAAAGCACCUUCAGAAAUUAUAAUUUUUUGUCCAAAGAAACAUAAAUUUACUAUUCGUUCUUUAAAACAAAAAGCAAAAAUUACAACAAAAAUAGAUCCAACAAAUAAUGUUAUUAAAGAAAUGAAUAAAUUAAUUAAUGCUUUUUUACUUGAAAAUGAAUUUUCAAAUAAUAAAUUGAUUUGUCCAUUAUGUGUUAAAUCAAUUCUUGAACCAAAUAAAUUAGAAAAAGAUGAAGAGAAAUAA